UUGAUUUUGAAUCAGUCAUGGCGAAAACAUCACAGCAGAAAGCAACCGCUUUUAUUGUGGUUUGGCUUGUCUUACAAGUCCAGAAUAUCUUGUGUAGUACCGAUAAGGAAUAUGAAAUUCCAAGCAUCAAAGCAAACUGGUUUAAGGCGAACGAGUUCUGUAGCUCGAUCGGCAAGCAAUUGGUGACGAUCACUAGUCGUGAUGAGAAUGACGCAGUGGCGCAGUUUGUCCAGAGUACGGACAAGUUCAGUGAUGUGUCAUCAAUCUUCUGGCUCGGUGGAAGUGAUCUGGCGGAAGAAGGUACCUUUAGCUGGAUGCCGAACGGACGAUUGGUGAGGUACGCCAACUGGUCUCCGGGAGAACCGAACAACUACGAUGACACGGAACACUGCAUGCAGUUGGUUUACAUACCCCGAUUGGAGCAGAGAUGGACCUGGAAUGAUAACGAAUGCAGGACCAAACACAUGUAUUUCAUCUGUGAGAGUAAGCUGGGCGGUUGUAUAGAACAGCUCAAGUGAUAGUAAACAGAAAUUCCAAUGGGAGGUUAAAUUUGUAAACGAAAGUAUGAUCUACGCGUUUCGUUACAUCAACUAGAAAAAUAAAUUUGUUCACAAGUUUCGUCGCCUUUAUUGAA